CAGUUGAGGAGCAGCCCUGACCGAUCUUUACCUCCACCCCCGCAGCCGGUUCCCGACCAGAACGAGGACUGGCUGCCCAGCUUCACGCUCUGACUUGGUUGCGGUCGCCCCAUCCUGCCCCCGCGGCCGAAAUUGAAGUUCUCGAAGUCCAAGGACUUUGCGAGCUAGACGGUGCCGGGACUCCAAGACCGCACGGGUAGCAGAUUUCCCCCUUUUGCUUGUGAAUCAUGGAAGCGCCCAUGAAGGGCCAAGUGUGCGUGGUGACUGGUGCUUCCAGAGGUAUUGGCCGUGGCAUCGCCUUGCAACUCUGCCAAGCAGGUGCCACAGUUUAUAUCACUGGCCGCCAUAUGGACACCCUGCGGGCCACUGCUGAGGAGGCCCAAUCUCGAGGGGGCCAGUGUGUGCCUGUGGUGUGUGAUUCAAGCCAGGAGAGUGAAGUACGAAGCUUGUUCGAGCAAGUGGAUCGGGAACAGCAGGGGCGUCUGGAUGUGCUGGUCAACAACGCCUAUGCUGGAGUCCCGGCAAUUGUGAAGAACAUUAAGAAAGCAUUCUGGGAAAUCCCUGCCUCCAUCUGGGAUGAUAUCAACAAUGUGGGACUGAGAGGCCACUACUUGUGCUCGGUGUAUGGAGCACGGCUCAUGGUUCCAGCUGGCCGGGGGCUCAUCGUGGUCAUCUCCUCCAUUGGGGGGCUGCAGUAUUUCUUCAAUGUCCCCUAUGGCGUGGGCAAAGCUGCGUGCGACAGGCUGGCUGUGGACUGUGCCCAGGAGCUGCGGCGCCACGGGGUCAGCUACGUGUCUCUGUGGCCAGGGUUGGUGCAGACAGAACUAAUGAAGGAGGUCGUGGUGAAAAACGACAAUGCCGAUGAUCCCCUGUUCAGUCAGCUCAUAUCUAAUUUCUCCUCUGCGGAGACCACAGAAGUGAGUGGCAAAUGUGUGGUGGCUUUGGCAACAGACCCCAAUGUCCUGAGGCUGAGUGGGAAGGUGCUGCCAUCUUGUGACCUUGCUCGACGCUACAGCUUUCAGGAUGUGGAUGGCUCUUCAGCCAAGGUGGAGGUGUCUAAGGAGUGGGAAGUGAAGAUCGAACCCUCCUCCUCUUCCUGUGGUCUGCAGGCCGCCCUGUCCAAGACUAUUUGUCUUUGAGCUCUGUCCUCUCCCAUGGCUUCAGCCUGGGCUGGCUGGCCUCCUACUUGCCUGGCUUCCUCCGUAUGCCCAAGUGGAUUAUGACCCUCUACACUAGCAAGUUCUAACCCUCCUGGCCUGACGUCAUAACUCUGCUCACUCUCGGGCUACGUGGUAAGGCCUGUCUCAGUGAAACCAGGCAGCGUCUCCUGCAUACUGCAUACCCUUGAUAGGAAGAAAAGCCCUCCAGUGUGUGUCCUGGGUGAGCCCUGGGGGCCCUGAUGGAUCCUCCUUUAUGCCUUAAUUUUACCUGCCCCUACAUUUCACUUUCUGCCUUAGUAUUGAAAAACACUCUGGAGGCUAAUAAAGUCUGAUUUCUCUUUCAGCAA